AUGCGGGUAUACAAUCCUCGUGCAACAUUUGAACAAGCAGAGUUGAUCUCGAAGCUUUUCCAAGAAAAUAACAAAAACAAGAAGCAAAGUGGCAAGCAGAACCAGAAAGCAGCGGAAACCGCAGAAAAGAAACAGACCAUUAACUUCGUUGAUCUUCCGGACGACGUUCUGUUGAAGAUUUUUGACUACGUUUCCAGUCCUUCCCAAUACACUACCCAAGCGUCACAAUCGAACUAUCCCUUUGGAGCUCGUCGAAUCAUUGCAAAGCUGUAUCGGUUGCGAUGUGUUUGCAAAAGGUUCAGAAACGUGAUCAAUGAAUUUCACCAAUACUUGCCCAAGCCAUCGAUUGGGCUUCGACUACAGGCACCGGUAGAACGCGAUCGAAAUUACGGCGGCUAUGUUGUUGCUUACAUAUAUGGAGAAAGUGGGAAAAGAUAUUUUACCAAGUGUGUUGUGAUCAAUGAGGUGCCUUCUGCCAUUUUCGGACCAGACUGUAUCGAUUACUUGUACACUUUACCUCGAUUUUCGCUUACUUUGUUGGAAUAG